GCGGGAUGCGAUCAUCGUUUACAUUCUACAAUGACUCGAGACAAAUGUGGCAUUUGCGGAGGAGAUGGAACAACUUGCAGGACUGUCAAGGGUACCUACAAUGAAAGAGGAUCGUUUGGGUAUAAUGCUGUAAUGAAAAUCCCGGCCGGGUCAGCAAACAUAGACAUCCGACAGCAUGGUUAUAACAAUCAGAAGGACGACGACAACUAUCUAUCGUUGCGCGCAUCAAAUGGCGAAUUCCUGCUGAAUGGUCACUAUCAAGUCAGUGUCUUCCGACAACAAAUCCCCAUACAGGAUGUAAUUCUCGAGUAUUCCGGCAGCGACAACGUCGUCGAACGGAUAAAUGGCACUGGACCUAUUAGAAUCGACAUCUAUGUUCAUGUGUUAUCUGUUGGAAACCUGCUACCUCCCGAUAUCAGUUACGAGUACAUGACUGCUGUUGACACGCCAUUAGCUCAGAGCCCAGCCAUCAGCAAUUAUCAUUGGAGACUUGCUGAUCAAUGGAGCGUUUGUGACAGGGUGUGUCAAGGUAAGAAUUUAGCAUCUUUAUACCUUCCGAUGAUCUCAACGAAAGGUGCACUGUUUGACGAUGCAGCUACCGUUCUAUGCUUUUUGCAAUGUGCGAAGUUUUCGAGGCUGAACAAAUUGUUUGUAAGAAGUGAGAGGCAAAGGGCUGCUUUGAUGUUACCGCAAUCUGGGUCGGGCCCAUGUGACUUCUUUUUAUUCUUUAAAGGCACACAAUCUCAAGAAAUCAUCUGCGUCGAUUCCUCCAAUAACCGUCAGGCGAGCGAACGCAUGUGUACUGCUCAACGACCGCAGACCAACACACGAAUGUGCAAUAUAGAAUGCAUUGUGAAAUGGUCGACAGAAGAUGUCUCUCACUGCUCAGCGCAAUGUGGAUCCGGUGAAAAGAAACAACGCGUGUUUUGUGUGAAAGUUGAAGGUAACCGACAGACCAUCACUAGGGAUGAGGAUUGCGAUCGAGCAACGUAA